AUGGCUUCUCGAAUCCCCGGGCGCCAGCAGAAAGCACCGAAGCCGGCCAAGAUGGAUAUGCGUCAGCAGAAGCGCAAAAGGGUCCAGGACGAGGUCCAAAAGGUCGAGGAUGCCGUUGCUGAUCUGGAUCCCAAGUCGGCUGAGAUCAAAUCUUUUGCCGACUUGCCCCUCUCCUCGGCGACCGCCUCGGGUCUCAAAGCGUCCCACUUCCAAACCUUGACCGACGUCCAGCAGCAGGCGAUCCCCCUCGCCCUCAAGGGCAACGACAUACUCGGCGCCGCCAAGACGGGCAGCGGCAAGACUCUCGCCUUCCUGGUUCCCGUUCUAGAGAAGCUUUAUCGCGCCCAAUGGACCGAGUUCGACGGCCUCGGCGCCCUCAUCAUCUCCCCGACCCGCGAGCUCGCCGUUCAGAUAUUCGAAGUCCUCCGCAAAGUUGGCCGAAACCACACCUUCUCGGCCGGCCUCGUCAUAGGCGGAAAGAACCUCAAGGAGGAGGCCGAGCGGCUGUCACGAAUGAACAUCCUCGUCUGCACCCCCGGCCGCAUGCUGCAGCACCUGGACCAGACCGCAGGCUUCGAUGCCGACAACCUGCAGGUUCUCGUCCUCGACGAGGCCGACCGCAUCAUGGACAUGGGCUUCCAGUCGGCCGUCGAUGCCCUCGUCGAGCACUUGCCAAAGACACGCCAGACUCUCAUGUUCAGCGCCACCCAGAGCAGGAAGGUCUCCGACCUGGCCCGGCUGAGCCUCAACGACCCCGAGUACGUCUCGGUGCACCAGGACGCCGCCUCUGCGACGCCGACCAAUCUGCAGCAACACUACAUCACGACACCGCUGCCGGACAAGCUAGACACCCUCUUUGGCUUCAUCAAGACCAACCUGAAGAGCAAGAUCAUCGUCUUCCUGAGCUCCGGCAAGCAGGUCCGCUUCGUCUACGAAAGCUUCCGCCAUCUGCAGCCCGGCAUCCCGCUCCUCCACCUCCACGGCCGACAGAAACAGGUGGCGCGGCUGGAGAUUACCUCUCGAUUCACUGCCGCCAAGCAGGCAUGCCUGUUCGCCACCGAUGUCGUCGCCCGAGGCAUCGACUUCCCCGCCGUCGAUUGGGUCAUCCAAGCCGACUGCCCCGAAGACGUCGACACCUACAUACAUCGCGUCGGCCGUACCGCCCGCUAUCAGAGCAACGGCCGAGCCGUUCUGUUCCUAGAUCCUACCGAAGAAGAAGGGAUGAUAAAGCGGCUCGAACAGAAAAAGAUACCGAUACAGAAAGUCCACGUCAAGGAGAAGAAGAAGCGUGAUAUCAAGGAUCACUUGCAAAACAUGUGCUUCCAGUACCCGGACCUCAAAUACCUCGGGCAAAAGGCCUUCAUAAGCUACUCCAGAUCGAUUCAUCUGCAAAAAGACAAGACCAUCUUCAAGUUCAACAAACUCGACCUCGAUGGAUUCGCCGCCAGCAUGGGUCUCCCCGGCACACCGCAAAUCAAGUUUCACAAGGGCCAGGACGUCAAGAAGAUCAAGAACGCGCCCCGCGACGGCAUGUCGAGCGGGUCCGAGUCAGACAUGGACCUCGACGGCGCCAAACCCAAGAAGAAGAACGAGGUGCGGACCAAGUACGACAAGAUGUUCGAGCGACAGAACCAGGACGUCCUGUCAAGCCACUACUCCAAGCUCGUCGCCAACGAAGGCGCCAAGGCCGGCGACGGAGACAGUGAUGACGACGACUUCCUCGCCGUCAAGCGACGCCUCAACGACCAAGACUUGGACGACGUCAUCAAGCAGGGCAACGCCGGCUCAUCAGCCAAGGUCAUAACCGGUCUCGGCGGCGAUGAGCCGUACGUCAUCGACUCGAAGCGUCGCGAAAAGGCCCUCCAGUCAAAGAAGAAAAUGCUCAAGUUCAAGGGCAACCCGACAAAGCUUGUCUUUGACGACGAGGGCAACUCGCACGCCAUCUACGAGCUCCAGGGUGAAGAGGACUUUAAACAGGAAGGGCCCGCCGACGAGCAGCGCCAGAAAUUUGUCGAGAGCGAGUCGGCGCGCGUGCGCGAGGCCGACGUGGACGACAAGGAACUCGCGCGACAGCGCAAGCGCGAGAAGCGCGAGAAGAGAAAGGCACGCGAGGCCAUGGAGCGGGACGGCCUCGAUCCGGACGAGGUGCCUCAGCUGGUGGACGCUGGCGACGGCGAGGAUCCGCUUGCCCUGUUGAGAUCGCUCCCCAUGGCUGGCGAUGCGGAGGAGCCGCCGCGAAAAAAGGUCAAGAAGUGGUUCCAGAACGACGACGAGUCGGACACCGAGAUCAAGGCAACCGAGAAGUCGAAGAAAGGAAAGAGAGGCAAGGUGUUCCAGGUGGCGGACGAGCCCGAGACGUUGGAAGAUCUCGAGGCCUUGGCGACGGGACUGUUGGAUGGGUAA